GUGUGUACGUGUAUGCAUGCGCGCCUCUGUGUGUGCUCGUAUACUUGUGAGAGUGUGCGAGAGAGAGUGUGAGCAGCGAGUGUUUGUAUCGUUCCUCACGCCCAUUAUGUUAGCGCCACGGUAUUAAAAAGUAUGGCGACGUUGACAGCUGCUCUUCUGCAAGGCAUCGAGAAAAACACGCCGCGCUCCAAGAGGAAACUCCAGAAGCACCUGAGGAGCUCCGGUCUGGCUUACAUCUCGAGGACGGGAAAACUCAUACCGGCGAAGAAAGUCGCAGAUGAACUGUGCACGUGCCCGCAAAAAUGCGACGAACGUGUUCCCGUGGAGCUGAGGGAGCGCCUCUUCACGCACUUCUACGGCCUCUGCGACACGGACAAACAGAACGCGUUCUUGCGUAAGCAUAUGGAUGUGAGGGCGCGUAUGAACCUGCCGGAAAUGACAGUCAGCGGAAGGUCGCCGCGUCGGAUCACCUGCAAGUAUCUGGUGCCGGUGCUGCCCAGCGUCAAGACGGUGGACGUCUGCCAGAAGGCCUUCGUCAGCGCAUUUGUGAUCACCACCAAGAGGGUUCGAUUGCAGCGCGAGAAGCUUAUCAGCAGCAUGGGCUUGAACAGUUACGGCCACCACAGGGGGGCUGCCAUCAAGCCCGCAGCAUCGCCGCAAACUAGUGAGAAUUUGGAUGAGGCGGAGACGAGCUCCUCGCAGGAUGUAGGCAUGUUACCAUCUCAGUGCGAGCUGAUAGCAACCGCCGAGGGCUCGUCCAACAAGACGUCCGGUAGAGGCGGAAGGAAGAGAGUGGUCGAUGAUCCGCUAAUACCGUUCGGACUGGUGGUACCUGAGGGGGUGACCAUCGCACCGGUCACCGCCACCCCCGACCAUGACAGGGACAUUGCUAUUGUGAACAAUUUCUUUUCGAACCAACUCUGGAAACCGGAGUACAUACUAGGGACUUACUCGUGAUGGCCGAUGCGAUGCACCACCGAUUUGCAAACAAACGAAAAGCAAAAAAAAAUAUAUUAAAAAAUAACAAACAGCCCACCACCCCUCACGACACGGUCAUUAUUAUUAUCAUUGGUACUUAGACUAAUUUAUACACAUUUCUACUAUACCUAAGGAAAACAAGAUACCUAUACGUAUUGUUACAUUUAUAUUUAUACAGAAUAGUUUAUGAUUA